ACUUGUCGUAAUGAACCUGCCGAAUUGGGUGUGUCCCGAAACGGGAUCAAUAUUACAACGUUGGAACCACAACAACGGACCACAGCAAAUCUAAAAUCCGCACCACAACAACCUGCCAUCCAGGUAUCAGAACCACCGUGA